AUGUAUUCAAUACAACCGAUCGAUGAGAACCAAGAAAAACAACCUGAAGAUGCAUCAUAUCAACAAGAUUUGCAACAGCAAAUGACGUUGAACCAAAGAUGUCAACGAGAAGAAAUCUAUGAAAAAGAUAUCGAAAAGAUUAAAGAUAGAGAUAAGAUCCCAACUGAUGAAGUAGUCAAAUUAAUAGAAUGUUUAACACUAGUUAUCGAAGAUUGCAGAAGUGAUAACCUGCUUGGAGUUGAAGAUAAGCAAGAGAUUGAAGAAAAACCUUAUGGAGCAAUUGUAUUUGAAGAAAACAACAGAGAUAUUGGACCAGAUGUGGUCCAUGAAGAUAGAGAAGCACAUCAAUAUCAAUAUGGCCAAGAAGUCAUUCGAACAGAUGAACACCAGACACGUGGAUAUUCAUCAAAUUCGUAUCGACGGCGAAAAGAAAUUUAUGCAAGUGAACAAGCAGCAAGAACUCGAAAUAAUUUAAACAAUUUUUGCUUGUGCAUUCAACGUUGGAUGUGCAAAGCAUCAAAUGGGACUAUAAUAAGAGGUAACAUACCGCCAUUUACUCUAACAGGUGAUUUCAAUGAUGCUCCAUAUCCAAUAUUGCUAUUAAACAAAAAUCCAUGGUGGACAACAAGUACAAUGUAUUCAGAUUUCGUUCAUUCAUCACCAGAAAUUUAUUUUCGUUAUCCACCAUUAAUUAUGGGCUCAUGGUUUAGUCAUAAUGAAGCAUGUCAUUAUUUUCACAAUUUGAUUAACAAAGACAUUGUAUUUCGAGAAGAAAGACAAAACCAGCAUCGCAUGCUAGAGCAAUUACAGCAAAAGAACGAACAAACCAAAUUGAAUAAGUCGGAUCAUAGGGCACGUACAAAACUUUCACGAAUUAUACAUAAUACGGAUUUCACAACUGAACUAAAAGAAGGUCAAGUUGCGUGGGAUAUCACCGAAGAUACUAUGAUAUUGAAUGAAUACGAAAAGAUACGUAAAAGAAACAAAACGAAAAAAUUCGAUGAAAAUCCUACUGCUUGGCAACGUCUAGUUCAAAGAUCAGUACAACUGUUAUCGGAUAUGAAAGAAAGUAGAAUUGAUUUACAUUCGGAUAUUCUAGAAGGCAAAAUUGGUAAUGAAUUGAAAACAGAAGAAGAAAUAAGCAAACUCAAUGAAUUAGAUAAUCCGAAUAAUAAACGUUGGACAAUCCGGCAAUCACGUCGAUGCCAUGAUUUAGCUAUUAAUGACUAUGAACCAUAUCAUGUAAAAUAUAAAGUUAUCGGUCGCCUACUUGAUCUUUGUACCGAAGUGAAUAAUAUUAAUCAUAGUGUACUACUGGAUCCUGUCGUUCAAUGUUUACGCUCAAAUUAUUAUCUCAAUGCUUACGAAAUGAUUGACCUGCGACAACCGAUUGUCAAUCCGAAACAAUGGUUUUUCAUUCAUCAAUGUCCACAAUUUAUUCGUCUUCACAGUUAUCAACGACAAGAUGAAAUAUCGGAUUCACUAUGUGACUUAAUGUUAGAAUAUAGUAACAAAAUCUUUGAACAACAUUUACCAAUAUUAUUAGAAGGUGAAAGUAUAGCAGUUCAAGCGAAUCGUACAGGAAAAAUUAUCAAAAACGAUCAAGGUGCAAAGCUACAGGCAAUCGGUUGGCAUAUUGCAUUAUUGAAUCAUGUUGCUUUAACACCAACAACAAAGAUACAUUUUAUUACAGGUUUGUAA